AUGGUGGCCCAGGGUGCUACUCCUUCGUUCCUAGAGGAUAGACCCCCAAUUACCGAUGCACCUCCCCCAUUCAAUAAACCCACGGCGGACGUCAUUCUGCGUUCAUCCGACUUCGUAGAUUUCCAUGUACGCAAGGGCAUCCUCGCGGAAGCCUCCGAUGUCUUCGAUGUCAUGUUUCUGUUGCCCCAACCGCCUGCCGUUGAAAUCCUUGAGGACACUAGGAACGGCAAACCUGUCAUCCUCUUCCGAGAUGAGGAAAGUCGAACUCUGGAGAGGCUGCUCCGCCUCUGCUACCCAGGGAGAGCUCCGAGCAUCGGAGACCUGGAUGACCUACGUCCGGUCAUACAUGCUGCCGUCAAAUACGACAUGCCGGAGGUGCUGGAGGCACUCAAGGAAACCCUCCGCAGCUUCAUGGACACCGUGCCCAUCAGGGUGUACGCUAUCGCCUUGAUCUUCAAGUUCGAGGAUGAGGCUAAGGCUGCAGCGAAAGCAUCCCUGGCUUUCCCCGCAGAAGAUGCGGACGCGCCGGAGCUGGCAGAGAUCACUGGGAAGGCGUUCAACAACCUACUCAAAUACCACAGGGCCUGUGGUGUUGUGGCUGCCCGUGUCGCGAAUAAUCCUUCAUGGAUACCGCUUCCCCGGGUCGACACUUGGUUCAACGCCGGCAGAAACCACAGUACUUGCGCGCGCGCGUACCACGGAGACAUCUACGCUUCGGAGUGGUGGACGACUUACAUGGCUGAGAGUGCGAGAAUCUUGAAGACGACGCCCUCGGGUAGCGCCCUCCUGAUGACUGGUCGGACCGACCAGGCUCUGAGGGAUGCAGCGGGCUGUCUCGUGUGCAAGUAUGUUGCGCCGGGACAGAUGCGGGGGUUUAUCCGGCUGUUCGCGGACGAGGUAGACAAGGCUAUUGCUCAGGUGUCCUUGGACAUCGAGUGA